CCUUAUCGGGGCCCUGUUUCCUGUCAAGGGACACUGGGUCUUAGAACUUGGCAGGCUCUCACCAUGGCAGUCUUACUCCUCCUCCUGUCCCUGUGUGGGGCCCCCCGGGCUGCUGCAGACAGCAUCCAGACUGUCUUUGUGGCCUUGGGAGACACGAUGGAGCUGCCCUGUCCCUCACCACCCACCCUCCACGGGGAUGAACUCCUGUCCUGGUUCCAUAGCCCUGCACCAGGCUCCGCCACCAUCCUGGUGGCCCAAGUCCCAGUGGCCAGGUCAGCCCCAGACCCUGGAAAACCCGGACAGGAGUCCAGACUCAAACUGCUGGGGAACUACUCUUUGUGGCUGGAGGGGUCCAAGGAGGGAGACGCCGGGCGGUACUGGUGCGCCGUGCUGGGUCAGCAGCACAAGUUCCAGAACUGGAGGGUGUAUGAUGUCUCUGUGCUGAGAGGAACCCAGCUCUCUGCGAGAGCUGCAGAUGGAUCCCUCUGCUCUGUCCUCCUGUGCUCUGUGGUCCCCGCCAGACGCCUGGACUCCGUGACCUGGCAGGAGGGGAAGGGUUCCGUGAGGGGCCGUGUGCAGCCCUUCUGGGGCGACGGGGCUGCCUUGCUCCUGAUGUGUCCUGGGGAAGGGCUUCCCGAGCCCAGAGGCCGCAGACCAAGAACCAUCCGCUGCGUCCUGCCUCAGAGCAAAGGGGUCAGCUUCAGCCUGGCAGGCCCCAUGGAAGCCUCCCCCACCCCCUGUGCCUCCGCUGCGGGAUGGGACGCGCCCCGGAUCCUGAUGGUGCUGCUGACGGCGGGCCAGGCGGUCACCAUCCUGGCUCUCAGCGUUGCGCUCUGGAGGCAGAGGGCCCAGGGGGCUCAGGGCAUAGACGCCGCGACUCCUCAGUUCAAGCCUGAAAUCCAGGUCUAUGAGAACAUCCACCUGGCCCACCGCGGCCCACUUGCCCACAAGGUCAGGUGAUCUCCGUGACAGCUGCUGGGGAGUGUGACCUGCUGUCUCCCUGGUCACCCGGCACCUUGACGGCUUCCCAGAGCAUCUCUGCCAGCAGGGAGGGGCUGAGAGUGUGACAACGGUUCAGCGGGCCUCAGCAGCCACCAAGCUGGGGGUUGGGCAGGGUGGGCGGGGGCUGGAGGGAAGGAGGAGCACUUUUUUGUGAUGUCACCUACAAGAAGGCAAGGUCCGGGACCAGCAGUUGGCAUAAUGGCUAUGUCGCUGGACUCCCACGUAGUCGACCACGGUUCAAGCCCUGGACCCGGUGGCUUAAACUCACGCUGGGCACGUGUGCGUACGUGCCCAAGAUCCC